AAAGAAAUAUGCCAGCAUAUUUGGCUCCUUGGAGGGCUUCUCCAUGUGUCUUUAGAUCCUCCAGGUCAGAACUCAAGCCAAAUCUCAGCAGUGAUGCUGUUGUCUGUGCUCCACUUCAGACAUUCACCGAAGAGGAGACAAUGCUGAAAAACAUGGUGACAAAAUUUGCUCAGGAGCGAGUUGCACCCUUAGUGCAAAAAAUGGAUGAGAAUUCGGAAAUGGACAAGUCUGUAAUACAGGGAUUGUUUGAACAAGGGCUGAUGGGUAUUGAGCUUGGGGAAGAAUAUGGGGGAACUGGAGCUUCAUUUUUUUCAACCAUAUUAGUGGUGGAAGAAUUGGCCAAAGUUGAUGCAGCUGUAGCUCUCCUAUGUGAACUCCAAAACACACUAACAAAUAAAUUGUUUACUACAUAUGGAACAGAAGAACAAAAGAGAACUUACUUGCCCAGAGUUGCUAGAGAUCUGAUUGGCAGUUUCUGUCUUUCGGAGGCUGGCUCUGGCAGUGAUGCUUUUUCCUUGAAGACUCGGGCUGAGAAGAAAGGGGACUACUAUGUAAUCAAUGGCUCCAAAAUGUGGAUCAGCUUAGCAGAACAUGCAGGAGUUUUCUUUGUGAUGGCAAAUACAGAUCCAUCCUCUGGCUACAGGGGAAUUACAUGCUUCAUAGUGGAUCGCGACACGGAAGGACUCCACGUAGGGAAGAAGGAGGACAAGCUGGGGAUCAGGGCAUCUUCCACCUGCCCAGUGACAUUUGAGAAUGUUAAGGUUCCUGAGACCAAUAUCCUGGGAAAGGUUGGACAAGGCUAUAAAUAUGCCAUUGGAAUGCUAAAUACAGGCAGAAUAGGUAUUGCU